CGUUUAAAUUAACGCUUAAGUUCCUAUAGACCCCCCCCACACACACACACACACACACGCGACCCUUUAACAAUUUUUUUUUCAAGUUGCGCAUACGCCGCGUGUGUUUUGUUUUCAUCAUUAUUAUUUACUUUGAAAGUGCGUGAUUAUGUGCCUGCCUUGCAGCUGAAUAGCAUAGCAAAUUUUCCUUUUUUUGGGCUAAAGUUCUUUUUGCAUUAUGCGCUGCUUAGCUGCGUUGCUGCUGCUGCUGGCGCUAGCGCUGGCUCUGCCCAGCUGCAGUCGAGCGCUCACUGGCGCCGCCGCCGCCGUUGCCAAUCCCACCUGCAGUUUAAAGGACAAUUGCAAUUUGGGUGACAAUCUGUUGGCCGUUGCCGCAGGCAGCGCCGUCGAUGGCAAAGAUGCGAACAACGAUAAGCUCGAAAGUCAAAUUGCCUCCAUAUUCGAGGAUAAAGUCAACUAUAGCCUCAAACUGGAGACAACGACUACAGUGCUGGAGGUUCACGAAAUGCUCAUGCCAGGCAAUUUGAGUGAACUCCACAGCAGCAGCAGCAGCAGCAGCGUUGGCAACUUUACGCUGCGUCAGCGCCAGCUGAGCGACAAGCUGGAGGAUGAAGCUGCCGCUGCCGCAGCCGAGGAGGAGGCAGAGGAGCGUGUUUAUUUAUACAAUAUUGGGCAACGGUUUCUCGCCAUAUCGCAGCCAUUUGAUGCUGCUCGCAAUCCAGAUGCAUCUCCACGCUGUCGCGCCCAAAUGCAACGUUAUUUAAAUGCACUGAACAACUUUGAUCUGUGGGCCUUGAAGAUGCAUGAUGCCAGCGGUAAACUCAAUUCGGGCAUUUUAAAUGGCAAUAUUAAUCAGCCGGGUGACUUUGAUCAAUGCCUUAGCAUACAACAGCCAGGCGAAGAUGACAACAAUAUGCUGCGUGGGCAAUAUUGCUUGGCAUAUGCGCAGCCAGUAUUGCCGCAUAAAUCGAAACGCUUGCAGUCAUUCUUUAAGCUCAUACAAUCACAUGGACCAUUUAGAAGCGAAUUCAACGAUCCUGGUCAUCGCGUGCCGCGCUAUUCAUUGGUCAACUGGGGCAUCUGUGUGCCAUCCGGUUGCACGCAUCGCGAUGUUGAAUAUAGCGUUGCCGAAUAUCUGCGUAAUCAAACGUUAGCCACCGGUAUUAGCUUCAAUGUGCGUGUGGAGCCGCAAAUGUGUCAGGUGCGUGAUGCACAGCCUUGGGAUCGGAACACCACCUGGGCAGUGCGCUUCUUUGUGCUCAUACUUUCGAUAGCCGUGCUCUCGACCAUUUACGAUCGUUGCACCAAAACGCAGCCGCAGAAUGCUUGGUGCACUGCCUUUUCGCUGGACAAGAACCUGCGCUGGUUGUUUAGCACACGCAGCAGUCCUGGUGACAUCGAAGCCGUGCAUGGCAUACGUUUUCUUAAUGCCAUGAUGCUAAUCUUUUCACACAAGUCCAUGGCCAUGUUCUUUAAUCCGUAUAACAAUCGCACAGCCAUGUCGGAGAGUCUGGGACAACCGUGGACUGUUAUUGGACGCGCUGCCUCGCUCUAUACCGAUCCGUUUCUAUUGUUUAGCGGCAUGCUUACCUCCUAUUCGCUUUUUGGACGCUUGAUGAAGCAGCAGCCCAUACGACUGAAAAAUGAGUACAUCAGUCGCUUAAUGCGCAUUGUGCCACCAUUGGCCGCCUUGAUACUCUUCUGCACCUAUGUGCUGCCGCUUUGGGGCUCGGGACCGCAAUGGAAUCUUGUUGUGGGUCAUCAUGCGGACAUUUGCAAGCAGCACUGGUGGCGCAAUCUGCUCUUCAUACACAACUACUUUGGCUUUAGCGAGAUGUGUCUAACGCAUACGCAUCAUCUGGGCAUUGAUACGGAAUUAUUUGCUGUUGCUCCAAUAUUUAUAUUGGCACUCUGGCGCUGGCCUAGACGCGGACUGCUGGCAUUGUUGCUGCUCUGCACUGUGGGCACAGCUGCGCGUUAUUAUACCACAAUUGUCAAUCAGCUGUCCAACUAUAUUUACUUUGGCACCAACAUUCAACGCUUGUUCCGCACUGCCGACUAUAUGUACUCCUUUCCGCCACAUCGCUCUACUGUCUAUAUCAUGGGCAUACUGCUUGGCUAUGUUUUACGUAAAUUCCAGGGCGCACAGCUGAGCAGUCUGCAGCUGCGUCUGGGCUGGCUGGCGGCUACGGUUUGUGUGCUGGCCUCACUCUUAGGUCCAGCGCCCAUGGGUGACAUUAACUAUGUUUACAAUUCAACGCAUGCAGCGAUUUAUGCCGCCUUUGCGCCCAUUGCCUGGUGUCUGUUCUUCUCAUGGAUUGUUUUUGUUUCGCACAAUGGCUAUACAAACAAAUUUACGCGCAUGUUCGCCUGGCGCGGCUUUCAGGUGUCUACCAAGCUGUCCUAUGCCAUUUAUCUGACGCAAUUCCCCGUCUUUUUCUAUAAUGUGGGCCGAAGGCGUCAUAUACAUCAUUACUACAAUUUUGUCUCAAUUAUUCUCGAUACAAACGAAUUUAUAUCGAUAUUCCUCGCCUCUGUGGCGCUCACAGUGCUCUUCGAUGCGCCCUUCCAGAACCUCAAGAAGCUGCUCAUCCGGAGCACACCAGCAGCAGUGAAGUCAACGACGCCAGCGAUAGAAACCAGCAGCACGCCCAGCUCCAUGCCAAAUGGCACUGCCACGACGCAAACGAAGCUUUUGCAUCCGCACGCCGAUUAAAUAGCGACCAAAAUCAAAAGCUUAUAUAUGUUAAUAAUGUUUGUACAUUUUCGUCUUUAGCAUUUAGUAAACAAUAUGUAUUUAAUUCACGCCACUCCUCAUUCCUAAUCCCACUGCUCUACCCCUAUAGCUUACACAUUUACCAUUAGUUGUUAGUUAAACGCUUUAUACAUUGUAAAUUUAAUUAUUAGUCAUCUAGAUAGAGAGUGAGUUAGAUCGAUCGAAUCAAAUUCGAAUCCGAAUCAAGUCAAAAACAAACCCUAUCCUAACCAAUCACUGCUUUCUAGUGCGAUAAAUCAAUCAUCUUGCUUGAUAAACAGAGCUCUGCCCAUUCAAAAGCAGUGGCUCUUUAUAUUGUUUAAUAAAAAUGUAUCAUUAUUAUGUAUAACUACCCUAUGCGAUAUUUAAUUGUAAGCCCAGGUCGAAAUGCUUUUUUUUUUUUUAAUUUUAUGUAAUUUAAUUU